UAUAGCAGUCCUAGUCACUUAAGGAACCUUGAAGGUGGAUUUGAAAGAAAGAGGAGGCGUCUAGUUAACCACUUGGUAAACCGCAGAACGAGCUAUCCCUGAGUUCUUUGCAAAAGAGGACCUCACGAGGUAAAGACGCCACCCCUGAAGCCGCUCCUUAAUCAAUUUCAAACAACUUGAGAGCUCUGGCGAACGACAACAACCCCCAGCAGGCUCAACCUUUUGACACUCCCAUCCCCAAAUCAUUUUGAAGUGCGCCCUUUGUCUAAAUUCUUUGAGUUCGUCAAGCAAAAAUUUCUAGUCACACAAUGUCUGAUGUGGAAGUGGAUCCACAGCCGUCCCUGCCCGUGGUGGCCAUAGCCCCGAGGAGGCGUCGCCACAGCGGUCGCCGCGGAGGAGGUGGCUGCCAGGCCCUGCAGGAGGCCGGGUCCUCGUCCUCAGCCUCGUUGCCCCCAACGCGCUUUUGUCCCCUGCCCGAGGGCGUCGAGGACAACUGGACGUGGAGCAAGCGGCACCGCUCCAAGGAGGUGGUGCUCAGCGGUCCCAAUUCCCGAACCGUGCACUUUCAUCCCAACUGGAGCAAGGGCACCGCCGGCGUCCAGGGCAAGCGUUCCCUGAACAAUGGUCGCUACUACUGGGAGCUGCAUGUGUCGCAGCGCGUCUUUGGCACCUCGAUUAUGUUCGGGAUCGGGACCAAGUCCGCCCGGCUCCAUGCCAACGCCUUCCGGAACAUGCUGGGCGAGAACGAGCACGGCUGGGGACUGUCCCACAAGGGCGUGCUCUGGCACAAGGGAGUGGCCCUGCUGUACACGAAGCGGUUCCGCGAGAACCAUCCCACCCAGAUCGGCGUGCUCUUCGACGGCAUCGAGGGCACACUCACGUAUUACAAGGAUGGCAAGUGCCUGGGCGUUGCCUUCAGAGGAUUGGAUCAGAUCGAUGAGCCCCUGUACCCCAUUGUGUGUUCCACGGCCGCCAAGACGGAGAUGACCCUGAAGUGCACGCGGCGGGAGUUCGUCAACCUGCAGGAUCGCUGCCGGGCGGUAAUAAUGCGGCGGGUGCGCAGCGCCUCGCAGCUGGAGAAGCUGAAGCUGCCGCUGCCCAUAAGCGAUUAUCUGGGGGAGGUGAUUGACGAGAUGGAGCCCCUGCGCCAGGUCAAUGAGCUGGAGAUGUGCAUCAUGAAUUAUGAUUUGUAAGCGGCGGCCCGUGAAUCUGUUUUGUGCCAUCACAAUGGAGUGCACUCCGCAUCCGCGACGAUGCAGUGCCUCUGGGACAUGUAAAUUUCUCGUAGUAGUUGUAUAGAGUGAUUGGUGUACCGUAUUUGUUAAGCAAUGGCAUUAUCAAAAUGUGGAUAAUCCGA